AUGGACGCCAUCCUCGACGGCGACCACCUCGGCGAGAUCGAGCCCCACCUCGACGGCAUUUUAGACCGCUUCGACGAGAUCGAGCCGCACGUGCCCUGGGUGCUCGACAACAUCGACGCGCUCGCGCCCCACGUGGGGGCGCUCAUGCGCCACAUCGACGAGCUGCUGCUCUACGCCGACGAGGAGAAGCAGUGGGCCGACACGUUCCUGCCGUUCCUGCCCUACUUCAUCUCGCGGUUGGACGCUUUGGGGCCGCACCUGCCGCUGCUGCGGCCGCACCUGCGGAAGCUCCAGCCCCACUUCGCGACGCUCGUGCCCUGCCUGGACCGCUGCAUCCUGCGGCCGGCGAACUUCGACGUCUCGGCGAACGCGGACGUGCUCCUCUACUACUUCGGCUGGGCGCUGAGGAUUCCGCUCUUGGCGAGAUGCCUCGCGGCCUGCCCGGGCGGGCCGCGGCUCAUCGCCUUCGCCGCGCGGCGCCUCCCGCGGCGGCCCGUGCGCGGCUACUGCUCCGACGUCCAGUGCUACCUCUCCUACGAGGUCGGCGCCUACGGCCGCGCCUGGAACGAGCGCUGGGCCCGCGAGUACUACGCCAACCGCGACGAGGAGUUCCGCGGCGCGGGCGCGGCCAUCUGA